AUGGGCAAGAAGUGGCGAUGGGGUGUCAUUUUGGACGCCGGUUCGUCUGGGACUAGGCUGCACAUCUACCGAUGGAAGGACCCCGAAAAGGCGCGCAAAGGCGCCUCGAAGGAGGACUUGCGCAGUCUGCCAAAGUUAGUUACGGAGAAGAAGUGGACCAAAAAAAUAAGGCCCGGGGUCUCGACAUUUGGCGACAACGUGGAGGAUGUCGGGCCAGCCCACUUGCAGAAAUUGAUUGACCAUGCGCUCAAGAUCGUACCCGAGGACAAGGUUCAGGAUACUCCGAUAUUUCUCAUGGCGACCGCAGGAAUGCGCCUGCUUCCGCAAUUCCAGCAAUCGGCCUUGACGCGCGAGAUCUGCUCCUAUCUCCAGCGUACGACGCGGUUCUCGCUACCCGACUGCAACCUACACAUUCAAGUCAUCAAGGGCGAAACAGAAGGGCUGUACGGGUGGAUUGCUUCGAACUACCUCUUGGGUGGCUUCGACCGCCCCAACGAGCAUCAGCACGGGAAAGGGCAUCAUACUUAUGGAUUUCUGGACAUGGGUGGCGCAUCUGCGCAAAUCGCCUUUGCACCAAAUGCGACCGAGGCCGAGAAGCACUCAGACGAUCUGAAGUUGCUACGCCUGCGCACACUCGAUGGCUCGCCGUCCGAGUAUAAGGUCUUCACCGCGACAUGGCUCGGCUUUGGCGUCAACCAGGCGCGCGCCUCCUACGUCAAGAAUCUUGAGGAUCGGUAUGCGAAUACUGACGCCGAACUACCCGAUCCGUGCUUGCCUAAGGGACUCCGGACAACUCUUGGCGGGGACCCAGUCAACGACAGGCAAUACGGCAUUCCCACCUUGAUUGGCACCGGACACUUUGAUGAGUGUCUGCAACUGACUUACCCUUUACUUGGCAAGGACAAACCAUGCGAGGACAACCCCUGUCUGCUGAACGGGCAGCAUGUCCCGGCGAUUGACUUCAACGUCAACCACUUCAUUGGUGUUUCGGAGUAUUGGCAUACCACGCACGGUGUCUUCGGUGGCAAGGGUGACAUGGCGUACGAUUUCACGACGUACCAACAGAGAGUCAAGGACUACUGCGGGCAGGACUGGAAUCAAAUCCAGUCCAAAAUUAAUAGUCAGGAAAACAAGGAUCCGAAGAUUGCUCAAGAGGCAUGUUUCAAAGCUUCCUGGCUGAUUAAUGUGCUUCACGAAGGGAUUGGCGUUCCCCGGAUAGGGCUCGAAAAGCUGCCAACAACAAAUGUUUCCAAGGGCGCACUCGAGCAUGCAAAGGAGAAGGGGUUUCUCGAUCCGUUCAAGCCAGUGGACAAGAUUGACGGCAUUGAAGUCAGUUGGACGUUGGGGAAGAUGGUCCUCUAUGCCGCUGGGCAAAUCCCUCCUAUCACCCGCGACGAUCGGUACCCCGUCGGUUUCGGCAGCAAUGUGGAUGGGACUCCGCACGACUUUCAGUUCGCAGGAUCUAGCUGGAGACCGUCCAACCGCUACGGCAACCACACCAUCGACGACAAUGACGAUGACGGCGACUGGGACCUCGACGCCGAAGACAUCCUUGACAAGGCCAAGUCCAACUCCACCACCGGUUUUUUCGCCUUCCUGCUCAUUCUCGUCCUCUUCUUAUACCUCUUUCGCAAGCGCGACCGGCGAAUGCGCGUUUAUAGCCGCGUCAACUCGGCCCUCCGCCGCCAGCGCAGGCCGAGCAAGGGCAGCGGUGGCGUCCGCGGCCUCUCGGGUCUCGCGACCAAAAUUUUUGGCGGCCGGCCGUCCGGCGGGGCCUACGAGCGUGUCAUGGAGGAUGGCGAUGCAGACCACUUUGAGCUGUCCGGUGGCGACUCGUCCGACGACAAUGAGUACUCCGACUCGAGUGACGGGUCGGGGUCGUCGACGAGACGAUUCGGACUGUCAUCUGGGCUGGCUACGCCGCAGAUUGUAGACCAUCAUCAUUAUCACCACGGCCUGGCGUCGCCAACGGUUUCAGCGCUAGACCGGAGCGGGCUGGUGGUGCGGACGGAUAGCCGAGAGAGGUUGAUGCUGCCGCCGCAUUUGGCGCUGUCGGGGGUCGGGAGGAGGAGUAGGGCUGCCAGUCCGACGAGACUGAAGAGUCCCUUGAUGACGCCCCUGGAGGAGACGUAG